AUGGCUGUGCAAGCUCCCGAAGUCGAUAAGCUUAGCCUCAACGAGGAGAGCGUUGCAAAAGCUCCCACAAAAGGUAGCGCGGCCCAGGGUACCGCUGGAGAUGAAGAUGCGGAGAAUGAAGAAUCGGAUGAAGACGAUGAUCAGGGAGUAGCGGAGGGGGCGGUUGCAACUGGAGACAAGAAGAAGAGGAAGAGAAAGCCCAAGAAAAAGAAGAAGAAGGGUGUUGCAAAAGUUCAGAGCAACCCCCCGCGUGUGCCGCUCUCGACCCUCUUUCCCAACAGCCAAUACCCCGAAGGUGAUAUUGUGGAGUACAAGGAUGAUAAUGCCUAUCGCACAACCAACGAGGAGAAGAGACAUCUGGACCGCAUGAAUAAUGAUUUCCUUUCUGAUUAUCGCCAGGCGGCCGAGAUUCAUCGGCAGGUCCGCCAGUAUGCCCAGAAAGAGCUGAUUAAGCCGGGGCGUUCGUUGACCGAAAUUGCGGAGGGCAUCGAAGAUAGUGUCCGUGCUUUAACGGGCCAUAUGGGUCUCGAAGAAGGGGACAGCUUGGUCGCUGGAAUGGGUUUCCCGACUGGGCUGAAUAUCAACCAUUGUGCUGCACAUUACUCCCCUAACGCUGGGAAUAAAAUGGUUCUCCAACAUGGAGAUGUCAUGAAGGUGGAUUUCGGAGUACACGUCAAUGGCAGAAUUGUCGACAGUGCGUUUACUGUGGCUUUUGAUCCCGUCUAUGACAAUCUGUUGGAGGCAGUGAAGGAUGCUACAAACACUGGCAUAAGGGAAGCAGGAAUUGACGUCCGAAUGAGUGACAUUGGCGCCGCUAUUCAGGAAGCAAUGGAAAGCUACGAGGUUGAACUUAAUGGUACUACCUACCCCGUGAAAGCCAUCCGAAACCUCAAUGGCCAUACCAUUGGUCAUUACCUUAUCCACGGUGGAAGCACCGGGAAGAGCGUUCCCAUUGUCAAGGGCGGCGACCAAACGAAGAUGGAAGAGGGUGAGACCUAUGCCAUUGAGACGUUCGGUAGCACCGGGAAAGGAUAUGUGAGAGACGAUAUGGAGGUUUCUCAUUAUGCUAGAGUCCCUGAUGCGCCCAACGUUCCACUUCGUUUGUCGUCUGCUAAGAACUUGUUGAACGUUAUCACGAAGAACUUUGGCACAUUGCCGUUCUGUCGUCGAUACCUUGACCGUCUCGGGCAGGAUAAAUACCUUCUCGGGUUGAACAACCUGGUCUCAUCUGGCCUCGUGGACGCUUAUCCUCCACUCGUCGAUGUGAAAGGGUCAUACACCGCUCAGUUCGAGCAUACCAUUCUGCUAAGGCCGAAUGUGAAAGAAGUCAUCACCCGAGGAGACGAUUACUGA